UCAGAGUCAUUCAGAAUCAGCCAAAAACCUUCCAAUCCUACUAUUGUGGUGCUUGGAGUAAACAGCAGCCUAGUCAGUCUUGAGUGGCGGUAUUCUGAUGCACCGCCUAACUAUUACGUUCAGUUUCUCAGAGAGAAACCUCGUGAAACAGUUGAAAUAAUAUCAUCAAGCAAAGAUAGAAAUGCGUUCGAGCCGAGUAGCACAAAGGAAUUCGAAGCCUCUCUGGAAGCAACACUAAAACUGAAGAACGUGAAGAGAAAUGAGGAAUACACCUACACUAUUUUUUUGCUGGAUACUAAACUCCAAUCGCAAGGUUCGCACGCAGUCUCUAUUAUUGUGGUCGGUAAGUGAUGAGUUGCUUUAGAACACUUUGUCUUGUGAUACAUUUCGUGUGUUUUAUUUACUGUCAACAACUCAGUUGUGUAUUAUGGUAACGUACCAAUUUCGGAAAGAUUUUGACGCAAACUUUAUAUAUAAACCUCUCUCUCUCUUUGCGUGAAAUCACUUUUAUCAGAACUUUUGUUGCAGGGAAAGACAAGUUUAUUUUAUAAAUGUGUCAAGUGAGUCAAAUCACUGUUCCGUUUAACGACACAGUUUUCAAACUUUCAGUAUUUCAAACGGCUUGUUACCUUUCAGCCGCGAUCGACGUAGUCAUUCUUUCAUGUGACACUAGGAAUGACUGGUAUCCCUGUGAAUUGAUUGUUAUGUUUAAUUUUGUUUUUUCUUUUUUUGCUGCUUGAAGUUGUAUUUCUUCGAUGAUGAAUAGUAGUUAAGCUCACACUUGGGUUAUGUAAAUGUGAAUUGUGCAACCAAUAUACAUGUAAAGUGUACGUGCACGAUUUUGUUCUUGCUUUUGCAACAAUUUUCACGAGGAAAAAAUUUCUUGAUAACCAUUCAGCGUGAUUUUGAUGCUGUUAUGUUCACUAAGGUAUUCUGACCACACUUUCGACAGAGAACGAGUGACGACUCUUGAAAUCAUCAUUGCUAAAUAUUAACAGCCGACCGGUCUGUAUUGUUCAUUACUCCCACAUAUACCAGUUUUUGUAUGAGUCAUCCUCGUUGAAUAUUUACAUCUGAACGGCUCAUUUACUGCUUACAACAUUCAAGUAUUUAUCGACUUGUGAGGUCAUUAAAAAUCACAAGCACUGAGCGCUUUUCAUCGCUUGGAGGUACGCAACCGUUGACUCGAAAAAUAUGAAUGUCUUUUGUUUAUUGAAAUUUGCGUUAGUAGCAGGCUGCGUUUUCCUCAUGAUGUAGUAAGUUGAUUAAAUCACAUCAUGUUUAACCCAUCGUAACUCCCCCAGUCCUACUCAGAAUGCUGCGUGAAACGUUUUUUUCGUGGAGAAAUUGCGUUUGAAUUAAUGAUUGCUUGGAAGGUCAUGCAUAUUUACUGACAGUAUUUAGAGCUUUUCCUGAGGGAUUGUUCAUGGGGUUUUAGUGACCUGAAUUUUCAAAGAAACUUGACAACCCCAGGGAGAGGAUGCCACUGGGUUGUAGGAUUAGCCCCAGUAUUUUUCAGGUUUCUCUUGACCAUGUGCUGUUACUUAUUUACACUCUUGGCCAGAGAGAGGCACUGCAAGGGUAAAUUGUCUUUUUCAAGUUUACAGUACAUUGAUCCAUCAAGGGCUUGAUUACAGACUUUGUUCCGUGCAUCUCUCACUAAACAAUGUAAUAUGUGUAUGCAGGUAUCAGUAUGAAUAAAUGUUAGCAUUACUAAUAUUAUUAUUUACAAGUAUUUUCCUCAGUAGUUAUUAGAUGGCUGAACUCUUGUCUCCCCAUUUUUAUUUACAACAUUCUCUCGAUAAUCACACUGCCUUUGAUGUGGCAGUUUCUUAGAUGUGUAUGUAAUAUUCUAUACCAUGUAAUAGUUGUGAUAAUUUCACACAAUCUAAAUGCAUAUCUUAAAUUGUUAUUUCCAGUGCCUCCAGAAAUAACUGACCCACCAGAACCAAGGCCUUUUCUUACCAUUGGAAAAAACUACACUCUGACCUGCAAUGCAUCUGGUGAUCCUUUGCCAAAGAUUACAUGGACAAAAGAUGGAAUCCCAGCUGAAGAGUUUAAUGUGACAGGUUACAAGCUUCAUUUGACUGACAUGAAGUUGAAGGAUGUAGGAUCAUACCGAUGUACAGCUAGUAAUGGAUAUGGAGUCGAUGCCUCUAAUGCCAGUAUAGUUGGUGUAAAAUGUAAGUUGUCUGUCCUGUAUUAUCAAAGCUGUUCUUCUGAUUACGGCAGUGCAAUUGAAAAGUUUUUCAAGCUAUACAUUGUUACAGAACCAACUUAACAAGAACAUGUACAUGUAUUUUGAUUCAUGCCUGAUUUACAACAAUGGAAUGGAUUUAGCACAACAUAGAAAAUGUGUUUUCCUUCCUGUUUUCCCCUCUAAAAUGUUUAUAAUUAGUGGUUCAUUUCUGUUUUCAUUUGUUUAAUUUUUGGACUUCUUUACAGUUUAGAUUUCUUUUACAUUUGUGUGAUAAGAUGGGAAUGUAAUACAGAUGAUUGAGGUGUCUGUUUCCAUGUAACAAUUUUGUUAAAAGUGGGAACUGAGGCUUUCCCAUCACAUGUAGCAAUAGUGUAUGUACCCACCUUAAGAGGGUUCAAAGUGAUUUUUUUUUCAUUUGGGUGCCAAGUUUUGAUAAAAAGGUUUGGUUCAAUGGUAACCAUUAAGCAAAGACAUUCCUCUACUUGAAACAUUUUCCUGCAUGUGAACAAUCACCAGUUAAGUUGUAAAUGUGGCAUGUAUUUGGCUUUGUUUCAUGAUAAAAUGGACUUUUCUACACUGUAUUUUGAAAGCUAUUGCUUUCAAUCUCAAGUGGAAACAAAGCUAAGAUGAAAUAUGAUCACCUGCUUGAAGCUUUUUACCUUGAAAGGUUUUUGAGUACAAGCCUUCCAGAGAUCAUGACAACUUGAAAGUUUAUCAUUUUCCUAAAAUAUAAAAGUACCCUUUUCCCCAUGCAUUUCAGAUCUGAAGUGAACUUUUGGAUGAUGAAAGAUUAAUUAUUUGACUUAAUUUGAAAAAAUUGAAGUAGGAAAAAAUAGUCCUGCAUAGAUAUAGUUUUGGAGUAACCUUAAAUUAUUGUUUAUUUUCUCUCUCUUUUUUUUAUACACCAAAGGUAAUGAAUGUGAAAUUAAGACAGUUGGAAUAAAAUUAGAGAGUGAAACUUGGAAGUCAGCUUUGAAUAACAGAGAGUCAAUUGAGUUCAAAACAUUGCAAGCAAAUUUGUUAUCAGAAGUAAGUAUUUUGUAGGGUUAAAUACAAUGGGUGACCAUGGAAGGUCAAGAAUUUUUUUUUACAUGUAUGUUUACCAGUACACAUGUUUUAUGUUUGUCAUACAGUGAUAAUUUGCAAAUUUUUUAUGUUUGAGUACAGAUACCCUGUAAUUCCUCUUGUCAAAUACUGCUUGGACUGACUUAGCUGCCUUUUCAUCCAUUUAAGAUGACUACCAAGGAAAAAUAUUUGAAAAAAUAAUUGGAGAAAUUGCUUUCAUUAUCUUGCACCUCAUUGAACAUUCAUUGAAGAGUUUUCCUUGAAUACAAACAACUUAAAAAUGCAUGUGCAUAUUUGUGCCACUGUUUCCUUUUUUCGCUUUUCUUUAGAGGAAAAUUCAAUUUGAAUUUUACUCAGUAUAUAUUGUAGGUACAUUUUGUUUACCUUAUGUACUUUAUACUUUAUUUAUGAUUCUGAACUAGGAGAUCAGAUUAUAAUAGCCUUGAACUUAUUUCAAAUUUCGUUUGGGAGAGAGGAUUAGUCAAUGUGACUAUGAAUUUUUUUUUUCAGCACCAACAAUGGUGCAUCUACACAUACACAUACAUGUAUCUGUACUAGAAAUAUUGUGAUGUAAAUUUUACACCAGUGAAGCAAACCAAAAAUUGCUCUUUCAGACACACAGACCAAUGAAAUUUUUGUGUUCUGCAUGCACUUUACAUGUGUAUACUUUUGAAUAAUGCAUUUUGGCAUUUUUAUUCCAUGUAAAGUGACAUAACUCUCUUCCUUGUGUUUAAGAUAUCUAAGGUUUACACCAAAAGUCCUGGAAAAGAAUUAUACACAGUGGGUGUUGUUGAUUUCAGGUAACUGUCAAUUUUAGAGUGCGCAAGGUAUUCAUAUUUUGAUAACAUUUGUUUUUGAAGAAGACAAAUGCACAAUUUAGUUUGCAUCACAAACUCCAUGGUUAGUUCAGGAAUUAGUUGAAGUUUUACUGUUUAGAGUGCAUUGAUUUGUAUACAAACAAUUAUUAUUUGAGAUUUAAUAAUGUUAGAUUUAAGGAAUUGAAUUUUGGUGGAAUGAUAUCACAGAGGAGAUGAAAAAGUAUCAAUCACUUGUCAUUUUGCAAACAGCUUUGAUCAGCAUGUUUCUCUUUUUUACUUAUAGAUCUGGUAGUGUCAUUGCUAAAGUAGAGAUGAAGUUUGGUAAAUCUGUCACUGACCCUUUGAAACCACUGGAAGAUGAAAUCAAAGAGGGAAAGCUUGGGGCAUUCAGUGUUAAAAGGGAACUUGAUUUGAAUCCAAGUAAGGCCCGGUCCACCUGAUAAGUAGAUUCUAUUUUGCCAUGAUUACAGAAAGUUACAAACUUACUCUGAAGCCUGUAUUGUUUGAAGAUUAGCUCUGGUUGAAAUGAGGUUAAAGUACUUCUACUUCUUAAGUCAGAGUGAACUCUUCUUUUUUGUCCUUUACCCUUGCUUGUGAACAGCUCUGAAUUGCAAAAACUUUGUGGGAAGUGUUAGUUACAUGUAUGUAGAGGACAUGGUUUUCUCAAUCAAAGUCAGCUGUGUCUGUACUCUCACAGAUCAUAGGUAACAAUGACUAACUUCAAAACAACUAGUAUUCAGUUACUGUUACAAUUACUGUAACUAUAACUGAUCAUCAUUGCCUCAUUACUAUGAGUACAUUCAUUAGUAAUUACCCCAGGGGCCAUGUUCAGGUACUUUAAGUAAUGAUUAUUUCUAUUUAAAAGAUACAGUAGAAUAAUGAUCAGAUGUGUAUGGAUGAGAUAUCGGUAACCAGUCAACUCGCCGACGGACCAACUCGCCGACGGACCAACUCGCCGACGCCAACUCGCCGACGUAUAAAAUCGAGUAGAGACGUCGGCGAGUUGGUCGUCAAUCCAAUACAACUUAUUAGAAGUUAAACAUACAGAAAAGUAAACGACAUUUAGUAAAAAAACACUGGUGAACAUUGGUGAACAUCAAACAGAAGCUUAAACAUCGGUGAACAUUGGUGAACAUGUUUUCUUAAAAAAUCUGAGCGAUUGACAUGAUGAGUCUUUACGGUGUUGUUGUCACACAAUAACUCGUUCGCGUCUGAAGCGGAUAUAGUAAUUGGUGAUGUUUACUUUACUUUAUUCGCCUUGAGAUCCCUAUAAACUUUGUUGCAAAUAAAAAGAAUGUCGCUUCUAAUAUGCAAAUAUUAUGGGGAAAUCUCGUCAAACGGUGUGUGGACGGCCUCGAAGAAUCCUUCGUAUAUUUUCUUUAAGAUGAGAAAUAGCUUAUUUUCAUUUUGCAGGGAUAAGCCCAAACCAAAACAAUUAAGGUUGCCGUUUUCAAGAAAGUUUCUUUCGAAUAUCAUCCGGCACAUAUCUCACUCAACAAAAAAACUAUUGUGGUAACAGGUGUGUACUUAGUAACUGAAGUUGAGCAGCCGUAAUAUGGCAAUGAAGUUCGUCGCACCUGUUAUCGCUUAAGCGCUUCUUGUCAUUGCCUCCUCGGUUGGCAAACCCCCUGAAGAAAAAAGCUUGUUGUCUCGGCGAAAAACCCGCGCCAGCUUAUAUUUGCAGAAGAAGAAUCGUAGGCCUGUACUUAAUCAUGCGCGAUGUCAAACUUUUCAAAAACGGAAAGUAGCUGUACACGAACUGAGAUCCUUUCUGUAACUACGUGACACAAACGAACGGUGAAUUGUGACGUCAUCUAUGCAUCAGUCCUUCAUUUGAUCACGUGUAAAUAGCAAUUACAAUGUCAGUAGAAGUCAGUGCAUCGUUCAAAUUCACCAUAUAAAUGCAGUAUUUGUUUUAGGCAAUAACUGACCAUCAUUUUAGGCUUCUCAUUAUCACUUUUUGUCCUUUGAAAUUAUUUUGAAUUCAUCUCAAUACUUAACUUAAUUUGGUUGCCAUACACUUUCGUCUCAGAAAUAUCCCAAACAAAUCCUCGACCAGUUUACAGAUUAGUUAAUCACUGAUAAUGGUUCUGACCAGGUUUGUAACAAGAAAUUUCACGCUGUUCGUGUCGUUGACAUCAAUCUAGGAGCCCCAGAUGUGGUCGAAAUAGACGAACUGCCAGGCGAAACAACAAACGAUACAAUUACCCUAAAGUGGAAGGAGCCAGAAAGUAAUGGAAAAGUUAUUAUCAUGUAUACAGUGUACCUAAGAGUAGUGACUGAUGGGAAAGUGGGACAAUGGACAGAAAUAAGGAGAAUCAGAGAUGUUUCUGUGAGAGAAUUGAAAAUAGCGUUGGAGAGAGGAAAAGUGUAUCAGUUUGCCAUUACUGCAACU